AUGGAUAUACUGCAGGGUAAAGUAGCAAAAUUGGGCGACUUUGAGGUAUCUAUUACAAGCAUUGAUGUGAAGUUUUUACUUUUUAGUAUCUUCUGCACUGCACCUAACUACGCUUUCAUAACAUGGCUUGCAAUGGAUGACAGAUUGACUACAUGUGAACGAAUGGAGAAGUGUAAUACUUUAAUGACUACACUUGUACAUUUUUCCAGGAACCGGUUGAGACAAGACAAUAAGCACCACCUCUUCUUUCAAUGCUCGUUCACAAGACAAGUAUGUGAGAAGCUAGCUAGUAAAAGGGCUACGUCAAGAAAAGUAACACCUCAGUUUGGGAUCAAAUCACUCUACUCCUAA